AUGGGGCAGCCCUGUGGCAGACACAUGGCAGGAAGACCCAAGAUCUCCAGAAGCCCCCCCAGCUCUGCCAAUGCUACCGAGUCCCUGCGGAGGUGGGAGCUGAGAGCACAUGUGUCCCACAGCCAUGGGGCAAUCCACACCUCUGGCCAUGGCCACUCAGGGAACCUGGAGAAGGCAGAGCCGAGCAGACACGUGUUCCUGCAGGGCUUUGGCAAAGUGGGACUACACACCAUGAAGUACCUGCACAAAUACAGAGCCUCCUGCAUCUGUGCUGGAGAGACAGAUGGAGCCACUUACAUUCCCAGAGGGACUGACCCCAAGGAUCCAGAAAACUGUGAGGAGGACCACGGCACCAUAGUUUACUUUCCAGAAGCAGAACCCUGUGACAGCAGCAUCCUGGAGGUGCUCUGUGACAUCCUCAUCCCGGCCUCUGAUGAGAAGCUGCUCACAAGAGGCAGUGGAUCCCGGGUGCGAGCAAAGGUCCAGACCACCCUCACUGACCACUCCCAACUGGCCCUGCACCAGUGCAGAUGA